AUGGCAUCAGCUGAAGCGAUCAAAGGCAAGGUCCUUGCCAUCACCGGAGCAGCCUCGGGCAUAGGGUUUGCGACGGCUCAGUAUUUAGCGGGAAAGGGUGCCAUCCUAUCACUGGCAGACGUUCAAGAGCAUGCACUGCUCGAUGCGGCAGAGUCCCUUCGAAAAACGUACCGAGUCCAAGUCCUCGAAAAAGUCGUCGACAUCACCAAGCCAGAAGACGUCGAUAAUUGGAUUACGGCGACCAUCUCUGCGUUCGGGAGGCUCGAUGGUGCGGCCAACAUUGCGGCCAUUUUCAUUGAGUCGACAGCCGAUGGUGGUAUCGCCAAAAUGACUGACGAGGUCUGGCACAAAGUCCUCGGAGUCAACUUAACCGGCUUAAUGCACUGUCUACGGGCGCAGUUGAGGGCCAUCUCAGAUGAAGGAAGCAUUGUGAAUACCUCUAGCGUUGCAGGUCUCUUGGGGUCGGCACAAUUUCCCGCCUAUUCCGCCAGCAAGUUUGGAGUCAUUGGCCUAAGUAAAUGUGCAGCUCGGGAAGCUGGGGACAGGAAUGUGCGGGUAAAUGCCAUCGUACCGGGCCAAAUAAUUACUCCUAUGGCGGAAAAAAACGCUACCCUCAUAACUAAGCCUGGGUUCUCUCAGCCAAGAGCGAUUACCAGACCAGGGAGGCCGGAGGAAGUUGCCGCCUUAAUUGCGUUCCUCCUGGGAGACGAGAGUCGCUUCAUUACGGGCUCGACGUAUCAGAUUGACGGUGGUAGGAUCUGUUGA